AUGGCUUUCACAGCUCCGCAUCGCACAGCCUGGCGUCGCAUCAUCCAUUCCGACGACGACUCUGAACAGGGCCACGACGAUACAAAGUCUCACAAAAUUAUACCGGAUGAUAGUGCAACAGAUUCAAGGCCUAAAAAUCAGCGUAUCCUAUUAAGCUCAAGCCCUGCCGCGUUUGAAGCAUCUUCACUUACGAUAGACACUCCGGUUCGCAAGUCAAAAAUAGUAACAUUCAAGCUUGACUCUUCCUCAGGUAAUUUCAAUAGACCUUCACGAGGCGUUGAUAUGCCCGCUUACCGAACAGGUGGAAGGCGGCAGAAUCGCACGGGUUAUGUCGACCAUGAUAUACUCGAGGGUAUUCCAGUAAGACAAUGGCGUCGCGAAUACGUCACAGUAGCACCUCCACCCCCGCAGGAGAGCAAUGCUACUCAAAAUGAUAUUUGGGCAUCAGAGCUUCCAUGGGGAAUGCCAAAGGACUCUCACCUACUGCCACAACAUAGCCAAGAUUUGCUACGCGCCGCUCGAUCUGGAAGGAUAUAUAAACGACCUACUCCUAUGGACGAAGAAGAACAAGAUCUCGAGCCCACUCUAGGAGACAAGCCAGACAAAAAAGAGGAUGAAACAAAGGACAGCGGUUUUACGGCUCGUGCCUGGAAGCAGAUUCCUGGUCAUCAGACGGCGUCGGAUAUGGACUUUUUGGCCAAAAGAAGGAAGGGAUUAGGAUCUGCAGUACCUCAGCCAGCUCCAGUUCCAACAGUUAUACAAACUACAGUCCGUAGGACGGAUGCUGCAGGCAAUGAGUAUCUGGAGAAGGUUAUUGUACCUCAUGGUCAAACUGUCGUAGGCGAUGUUGUCUCUCAAACAACCAUUCCAGAUCCAAAUGUAGUAGAGGGUACACCAUUCCGACGCAAGGGUCCAGUAGGGAAGAAAGGGAAACGAGGUCCCGGAAGGGGACGAAAGAAGAUAGUUCCUACUUCUACACCUAAUGUAACAAGCGAACCAUCAGCUCAAAAUGGUGAUGCAAGCACCUCUAAUCUAGGGGCUGAUGGAAUAAAAAUCGAUGGUGAAGGAAAUACAACACCGGCGAAGAACCUCGAUACUGAGAUGAUAGAUGACUCAAACCCAGCUUCUGAUGAUGAUGACGGCGAUGACGGCGAUCAAGGGGAUGAAGAUGAUGAUUCAGUUGAUGUUCUUAAUUCGCCAUCAAGGCCGCAUAGGGACUCAUCUCAAGAUCGUAACAUGCCGAUUAUGCAAGACAUUCCAAAAUUGAGCGGCACCGAUAUCACGAUGGGCGGCACUGACAAUGAGGGACCCACAAAAUCAGAUCUAGAAAGAGUAAAGGACGAAGGAAAAUUCGGUAGUCCAUUGAAGCAAAUAGCUUUAACUACAUCCACUGUCAAUACUCCUAUGGUAUCACCAACUGAGACAACCGUAAAGGAGCCCAAUUUCUUUGCCGCAGGGAACACUGAUAUUCCAUCAGCUCCUAUUGAAAAGAUAAAUCAAGAAAUGCGUUCUGUAGCAGAAGUAACGGCCCCAAUCGAGCUACCCCAAAUUCCACCACAUCCCACUAAAGAGCAUGAGGAAGCAUUCAUAGAACUCCGUGCUGAAGAAGAGGAGGAGGAAGAAAUGCUUCUUGACAUUCUUGAUCGUGCAGAAAAUGCCCAGAAUGGUGCAGCAAUGCCGAUAAAAACGGAGAGUCAAACUCCUGUUGUUCCGGAUCCAAUCCAAGUUCCCGCCAAAGCUUCAAAUACACCGCCAGCUGAAGUGAAAAGUCCUCAAAACGUUGCAGUACCUUCCUCAAUACCUGCCGUCGAAGAACCACCUACCGUUCCUACCUUAGCCACGGCUUUUACUGAUUCUUCAAUCAGAGAAGGGCAGCCAUUAGCUUCCACAUCUUCCACUUCUCCAGUCGAGGUGGAGGAGCCGCCAAUUGCGUCGAAUUCACCAUUUGCUCCAAUAUCGGAGGUUUUUGAACCCACUGAGCCUACUGCGCCCACUGAGCUCACUGCGCCCACUGAGCCUACUGCGCCUACUGAGCCUACUGAGUCUGGCGAACCUACCGAACCUACUAAGCCUACUGAACCACCUCAACCAACUGAAGCUACUGAACCCACUGAACCCGACGAAGCCGCUGCAUCACCUACUGAGCAUACUGAAGCAGCCAAGCAAACUCCACCAACCAACUUCAUCGAGUCAGAUCAGGCAGGCGUGGCAAAUGAGUCGAUGGAACUGGAAAUGGUAAAUGAAUCAAAUGGGACGGAGGUGGUAAAUGAGUUGAACAUACUCUCAGAGCCAAUCAAAUCCGCAACCGAGAAUGAUGAUGAUGAUGACUUCCCUGAUUUACUAGGCGGUCUAGAGAGGAAUCUCUACGGUGACUUACGGUCUUUUGCCGCCCUUCCAGAAUCAAUAGCACCAGAAGACUUGGUCCCGUCAGAGCCUAUAGAAGAAGGUCAGGCAUUUCCAAAGGAGGCGGGCGCCGAUUUAAUUACAGAAGAGAAGGAAAAGGAUGAGGAGAUGAAAGAAGAGACAUCAACAUCCUGA